AUGUAUCUGAACAACCCUCGUGGCUCCAACAACAAGCUGCGCGAGCAGAGCAACAAUGUGCAGAACGCCAACAGACUAUUCGACUCCCAGAACAAUGCGGCCUCUGGGUAUCAAAUCGGUGACGACUGCAAGCCCGCUUGCAAGAAUGGCAACAACCAGUACGACGUGACAAAGGAGGGCGCUACGAAAGGGACGAUGAAGUUCUACCAAGGCUCCGAGCUCUACAUCGAAUGGCACCAUCAGCAUGGCUGUGGCGUGGGCCAUCCAAACCUCAAGUGCCAGAUUGUCUUGCAGUAUAUGAAUGAAGAAGAGAAUCGCAAUCUUCGCGAUGGCACAGGACAAGGCAGCGCCGGCGGGGAUGACAAUGAUCCCACGGAGGAGGGGACCGCUGAGCCAGCGCGAGGUUAUCACGAGCCCCUGGACUUCUACCAGGCUUGCACAGAGCGCGAGCGCAACAAGGGCCUGUACACUGCUGACAGGCAGAUGGAAGAGAAUGGUGGGGCCACGUCAACCCGACAGAACCCGAACGGCAAUGGCCGGCGCCGCGGGCAGCAGCGCCACGGCCUGGAGUGUCCCGAGGAGAGGGACUACUAUCCGUACUGGCACCCAACACCUUGGCACGACAUCGCCGUGCUCACGGAUGAGCCGCAGGCCAGGUGCGAGUACUACCGAGCAGAGUCCCAGAAUGUCAAGGCAAAGGGCUUCUGCUCUAUUGCUGCGCACAACAACCCAGAGGCCUGCAUCAGCAACGAGGGACAGUGGACAGACCAGGAGCCCUGGCAGGAGCCUCCGCCGGAGUGCACAGGUGGCAUCCAGAGCCGUGACAACCACAACGGAAACGUGAGAAACGGGCAGCCGCACUACUACCUGUGGAAGAUCCCGAAGCAUGUCAAAGGCCGGACUGUUCUACGCAUUCGAUACAACAUCUCCACAGGGGACUUCAACUACGGCUCCCUGGCGCAUCCGAAGGUCGAAGGCACAGAGCUCUCAGGUGGCUUGGCCGAUGCCUUCUUCAUGGACAGGCGCUUCAACGAUCCGCAGCCCAACACCCGACGUCGGAGUAUCUUCAAAGGGCGCCCGACUGUUCCUAUUCCGCUGGCCCAAGAUCCCGUAGCUGAUUGGCUCAACUUGGAAGAUGGUUCUGAGAAAUCUCGCCUUCUACAGCUACAGGUGAACACGAACCAGUAUGGCCGCACCUUCGAGGAUCGCACCCACUCCUUUCUCGUCGUGGAGAGACCUGCCAAUGUGCCGGAUGGCAAGCGCAUUGUCAACUACAACGUGCGUGGCCGACGUGGCAACAUCGUGCAGGUCUACCCCUCUGUGGAGUACGACUUCGUCCCCUCCGAGCUCUCGGUGGAGCAGGGGACUUUGCUGCACUUCCAGUGGACUGGGUCCGACGCCAACAACAAUGGCAACGCAGGCAACGGGCGGCAGGGCACCGAUCGAUCCAACCUGGUGCAGCUGCACAGUCGGGACGAGACGGUCCCCCUUCCCGUGGAACAGCACACCCUGCUCUUCAACGCGCUUGCAAAUCCCAACGACGAGGAGGGGCGACGACUGGUGGAGAAGUUUGCCUACCUGGAUCAGGACAGCAUUGUAACCUGCGACCCAGACACCAACAAUGACAACGACGAGGCCAACUGCAAACAGCUGAAUGGAGCAUCUGCCUACUUCGACGGCGGCCUUGUCGAAAUGAAAACUGUUGGGACGCAUCAUAUUGCCAGCACGCGCAACAAUGACUUCACCAACCGGUCGCAUAAAGCCACGAUCACAGUGACUGGCUUUCAGCUAGAAGCCUACGAGAACGUCAUCCUGGGCGUAGGCGUGGCCGUGGGUGUCCUCCUCAUCCUUUAUCUCCUGGCAGCCCUGUACGCCUUGAGGCAUCCCGGACACUGGCUUUGCUCUUCCCGCUAUCGUCCUCGCAUCAUUCGAUGGGUCUUGAAGGAGGAGCGGCUGAAGCAGCUGCUAGAGGAGCGGCGUCAGAUCAUUUCCAAGCAAAGGAAAGAGUGGGCCAAGAAAGUGAACGGCUAUGCCAGCGACGAAGAGACCGCUGCUGAGAAGGCGGCAGAGAUGGCGAUGCCUGAGGAGAAGAGGACCUGGGCCCAGGGCCUCAACCACUGCUUCCGCCGCUGCGGGCUGGGAGAACAGCGGCUCACCACGCUGCUUUACGGCAUCCUGAACGUCAUCGUCUUCUUUAUCGGCUUCCUCUCCAACCUCAACGGAGGCUUCCAGGGCUCCUGGGCUUACCCGCUCGCGAAGGGCGGCGGCUACAGCAUGGACUUGAACUUUGCAAUGCUGGUUCUGCCCACGCUAAAGAGCUUGCAGACAGCUACCAGGGGAGUGAGCUCCUCCCGGGAAUGGAUUCCCAUCGACGACCCGAUCAGCUUCCACAUCGUCAUCGCCGGCUUCACUUUCCUGGGGGCUUCAAUCCACAUUGCCGCUCACUGUGUGCAUGCCUACUCAAUCAAAGUGGCCCCGCUGAUGCAACUGGAUCCGCUGCAGCUAUGGAAGCUGAGCGCACAGGAGAUGACCAGCGGGAUGACCUUCUUCCAUCAGCUCCUGAACUUCUCCAACCGCUGCGCCGUGCUCACCGGGCUGAUUCUCACGGUGCUCAUGUUGGCGAUUUUGCUGACUGCACUCCCUUGCGCUCGUCGCAAAACGAACUGCCUGUCGCGACGCUUCGGUGGGUUCAACGUGUUCUGGCGCGUGCACAUGUCCUGGAAGUUCAUCUACGUGCUGCUGCUGUUGCACGCCCCGGCGAGGUUGUGGAUCUGGUUCUUCUUCCCGGCAAUCCUCAUUUUCGUCGACCGUCUCCUCCUCGCAAAUCGCCAAGCGCUCAACUUGUCCCUCAAGCAGGUCAAGUUGCUGCCUCGCGAUGUGAUCGGUUUGACCUUCGAUGUCCCUCAGGGCUUCGUCUAUCAGGCGGGCCAGUACAUCCUCCUUGGCUGGAAAGGCGAGUGGCACCCGUUCACCUUGACCUCGGCCCCUGAGGAGAACUGCAUCUCCGUACACAUCCGCGCCGCCAGCAACCUUGACUGGUGCUCCGCCUUGCGGAAGCGACUCACCGAGGAGGCGCCCGCACAGGCGAAGGGCGAGCCGUUGCCGGACAAGCCGCCCAAGGCCCCGAAGAUUUUCGACUACUGCAACAAAGUCCUUCCGAACAGCCACAUCGUGUACAACGUGCCCACAGAUACAGGGCUCGGCGACGGACGGGCAGACAAGCUGAACGUGGAGGAGUGGGUCCAGAGACAAGGUUCUCUAGUGGAUCCCGCGACGCCAGCCGAGGCUGCCAUCUCCAUCGGAGAAGAUCCGGCAUCCCAGUCGGGCGUGAGCUUGAUCAGCGCCCUGGCAGGAUGA